ACUUCUGUUAGAAAGUUUUGACUGUUUGGACUUGUAGAAAGAGUGUUGAAAUUUGAGAAAUCCAGUAACUUUUAUAGUUUGUGCAUUGGAGAUUUGCACUAAGUGUAAGUGACUUGGAGUUUUGUUUUGUUAACUAGUACAUGUUAACAUCCUCGUGGGUUGAAUCAUUGGUACAUUAACUUUGUGCACUCACUCAGCAGACGCGUCGCGUCAGUGACGAUGGCGGAUCAAACGUGCAACGCAAUGGUGAUAGGACAUUCAUAUGUGCGCCGUUUGCAUGUUUAUUUGCAACGCCACAACAUAAUGAACUUACGUUUGGACAACGACAAAUUCCAAGUUUCAUUACGGGGAAACGGAGGUUUAUGUCUUAGACAUAUUCGUUUCAAUGCAAACAUUCUGCACUUUGACACAACCCCCGAUAUAUGUUUCAUGCAGAUCGGUGAAAAUGACAUAUCGCCCCGUAGCGAACCAGGGAAAAUCUCAGAGGACAUUUUUUCGCUGGCUUGUUAUCUGCGCGACGGAGUUGGCGUAAAAAAAGUUAUCGUUGGCCAGUUGUUGCGUCGGCUGCCAUAUGCGUCCUGUCCACAGUUUAACGAGAUGGUACAGUCAGUGAACCACUUGCUGAAAGAAAAGUUAUCGGACGUACAAGGGAUUGUGUUUUGGCCACAUCGUGGAUUCUGGAAGUCCCUCUCAUACAUCGACCCAGAUGGAGUACACCUGCUAUGUACUCAAGCCAAUCAUCAGCCCCUGAGGAAGUUUCUGCGGAGUAUACGCAACGCCAUAAUUAUUAACUCCAAAGAUCUCAGCAAACAUGACAAAGGGCAAAGCCACUUCAAGGAAGCGACCAUCUUCACCCCGGCCUGCUCCAAAGAAGUCCAGCCGUCACAGUGUAACACCACACAACCCGUCUGUGGAACAAGAGCCUGUAGAGUUGACACCCACCAUAGACUAUGACAAACUGGCGAGACACAUCGUCCAGGAGCAGGCACGGGUCCAAACUUCAAACGUUCCCCCAGAACAGAUGUCUCCCAAUUCACGACACCAAAUGGAUGAGACUUGCGAGAAUAUACCCACCACUUCCAACCAAGCCAUUUCGAGUGACAAUGUCACCACCAUCCUUGACGCAGUAUUUCAGGGUGAGUCAGCACGCAAUCCCACACCCAUUACAAUCAGUGAUAACACACCCUUAGGGGCUACAGUCCCUAUGAAAACCAAGUGCAAAAUCUGGGCCAAUGAAUUUAUUGACCUCAGAACAUUACUGCCCAAUUAUACAGAUGAUCCCCUUUCAAUCACCAUAAAGGCAGGGGAAAUUGAUGUAGAGCAGAGCCAAAAACAAGUCUCCACUCUCCAUCAAUCAGUGGAUUGAUGCUUUUAUAACAUUUAUGUCCAUAUACCUUCAGAGAUAUCCAGCGGAGGCAUGCAAUCUCCUAAAAGAAUGUGCAUACAUCAGGGGGAUUAGCAGAUUGCAUGUUGACGAGGCAUGGCGGAGAUAUGAUGAAACUUUUCGCAAGUUAAGAUAAUCCUCCUUACUUCCAUGGCAACAGCCAGUACCGGAACUGAGGCUGCGGGUUGCUGCCAUGGGACCAAAAUUGUCGGAAAAAUCAUAUCCCCCAUAUGCUAAGAAGUCUAAUUUUCGUCCCCAAAAGGUGUAUUUUGCCUACAACCGGGGUGAUAAAUGUUCAGUCUCCCCAUGUAAAUAUAUCCAUGUGUGUCAGGAAUGUGGCAAUAGACAUCCCAGAACAAAGUGUUUUGCUAAACCCAAGCCCAAGCCACACCAAGCAUCCCGUACCUUUUCCAACCCCAGUAAAACCAGCAAUACUACGUAAGGAGCUACUAGGUUAUGAUUCAAAUAAAUCACAAUACUUAGUUGAGGGAUUUUGUAGACGGUUUAGGUUAGGUUGUGUAGGCGCACCCUUGGGAUCUUCACCACAGAAUCAUAAAUCAAUUAGGGACCACGUGGAGGCCAUUAAUGAGUAUAUAUUGAAAGGAAUACAAGCACAACGAAUAGCAGGCCCCUUUGAUGAUCCACCUUUAACAAAUUUUGUUACAUCACCAUUAGACAUUAUUCCAAAAUCAGAAGUAGGUAAAUAUAGAGUCAUUCAUGACUUAUCAUUCCCCGAAGGUCAGUCAGUUAAUACAUACAUUCCUCGUGAAAAUUCAGAAGUUCAAUAUGAUACGAUAGACAAAGUUAUUUCACUAGUACACUAUUUUGGGCGGGGGGGGGGGGCUUUUAUGGCAAAAUCUGACAUUAAGGAUGCUUUCCGCAUAGUGCCCAUACAUCCAUCAGACUAUCAGCUUCUGGGGUUUACCUGGAAAGGUAAAUAUUAUUAUGACCGCUGCCUCCCCAUGGGAGCCAGUAGCUCAUGCAAAAUAUUUGAGGAGUUAAGUCAGGCUCUGGUUUGGAUCAUGCUCAACAAAUAUCAUGCAUUGGGGAUAUCCCAAAUCCUUGAUGAUUUCUUUUUCAUUUCAUCCAGUGUCUAAAAAUAUCGGGAGGACUUAUCACGGUUCCUUUUUUGUGUAACCAGGUUAAUAUACCUAUCAAUAUGGCCAACACUGUUGCCCCUACAACACAGUUAAUUAUAUAUGGCAUCGAAGGUGAUUCUCUCGCCAUGGAGUGUAGGUUGCCCCAGGAUAAAAUUAUAAAAAUUAGCAGCAAGCUCAGUGAUUUCUGUCAUCGGAAGAAGGUACACCUUUGUGAAUUACAAUUCCAUAUAGGCCUGUUAAAUUUUGCUUGUACAGUCAUAGUGCCAGGUAGGGCCUUCUUGCGACGCCUUAUCGAUUUAACUUGCAAUAUCUCAAAACCCUUCCAUUUUUUUUAUCUGACCAAAGAGGCGCCUGUUGACCUAAGCAUGUGGUUCCAGUUCAUCUCGCACUUCAAUGGAAACUCAGUUUUCCUCCCUCAACAAUGGGACUCCUCUGAUUUCAUAAGUUUGUACACGGAUGCGUCAGGGUCAAAUGGCUUUGCGGCAGUGUUGGGAUCACACUGGUUUGCGCAAUCUUGGUCAAAAGAACUUGAUCAUUUUUAAAUUGCAAUUAAGGACCUCUUUCCCAUUGUCCUGGCCUUAGAAUUAUGGGGAAGACAACUACAAAAUAGAAGGAUUCUUUUCCUAACCGACAACAUGGCAAUAGUACAAAUCAUUAACAAACAAUCUAGCAAAGACAAAACUAUCAUAAAACUUAUCAGGAGGCUUGUGCUUGCUUGCCUUUACAACAAUAUUCACUUCAAAGCCAAACAUAUUAGGGGAAAAUUGAAUGUAAUUGCAGACAAGCUAUCUCGUUUUCGAUUCCAGGCAGCUCGGCAGCUAGCACCGUAUCUGGAGGAAUGUCAGAUACCCAUUCCACACUCUCUUCUACACAUUUAGCACAUGGGACACGGACACUUUUAUCUGCAUCCUUCGCAUUAUCAACUCAAUUAGCGUACCGGCGAUCAUGGCAACUCCUGCAAACAUUUCAAGGUCAGGUAGCUUUACCCUUGCGUGUGGUUGACAUAUGCAACUUUAUAGCCCACUUGCAUGCAUCCCAUUUUAGUGCAAGUACAAUGUCUUCCCAUAUUUCUCCCAUAGCCUAUAUACACAAGAUACUUGCAUUACCGGACCCUACACAUAUGUUUAUUGUGAAAAAAGAUACUAAGGGGUUGUCAUAGGUUGUCUCCCACAGUGGAUUCACGCCUGCCAAUUACCAGAUAUAUCUUGCUUCAGAUUAUCAAGGCUAUACCCCACACCAUUUCUGUUUUGGAUUAUCGUAUCAUGUUAGAAGCCCUUUUCUCUAUUUGUGUUCAUGCUUUCCUUAAACUUGGUGAGGUCACAGUAAAACAAGGCAUUACAUCAGAUAAAGUCAUUCACCUUCAAGAUGUAGUUUCAAUACAAUGGCUCAACUCCCUCUAGAGUGCAAUCAGUAUUGCGCUAUUUCAAAACUCAAAAAAUGAACAAGCCUGUCACAAUUUGUGUAGAGGGCUCCCCCACACUGGACCCUUGCCCCGUCAAAACAUUACACCGUUAUCUGUCACAUUCAGGUCAUACAUCUGGUUCACUUUUUCAAUAUAGAGAUGGUUCUCCGAUUACAUACAAUUAUGUUUCCAAAGAACUUUCAAACAUCAUUAAGUAUGUGGGUCUCAAUCCUGCACUAUACAAAGGUCACACUUUUCGCAUUGGGGCAGCAACAUAUGCAGCACAAAAAGGGUACUCGGAGAAUUAUAUCCAACAAUUAGGUCGCUGGAACUCUAAUGUCCUGAAACGCUAUAUUCGCAUCCAUAUACUCUCUCUUCGAUCACUUCACCUCUCCUGAAUCAGCUCAUCCGUUGGUGAAGUUCAAAUAUUUUAUGCAGGUCAGUGUUUAACUGCUCAGCUGCAUCAAGUUGUUGGCUUAUUUCACUCAUUGGCUGUACCCGGUAUCUUUCUAUGCAGGCCCAAUUUUCACCAUAUAUAACUUUUACCAAAAAUGCCAGUGUCCUACUUCCCAAAAAAUGGGGUUUACCAUGCAAGUCAGUGUUUAAGUGUCGCAAUUAUGAGGUCAUUAUGCAGGUCAGUGUUUAACUGCUGCAACGACGGGGUCACCAUGCAGGUCAGUGUUUAACUGCUGCAACAAUGGGGUCACAAUGCAGGUCAGUGUUUAACUACUCCAACAAUAGGGUCACCAUACAGGUCAGUGUUUAACUGCUGUGGACCCCCCCAAUCCAUUUCCCCUUCCACUUUAAAGUACCUGUUUUAGACAUAUUUGCGUGCUGACUCACCAACACGGUCCAACCGAAAUAUCCAUUAAUUACCUCCAUUAUGGUUGAAUUGUAGUUAUGUUUUUCACAACUUAUGUAUAUAAAUGUUUUGAAUUUGUUACACAAUUUACAAGACAGGUCACCUUGGAUGGCUCUGAAUAUGAUUUGUUAAUCAUAUAUUUCGCCCUUUUUGUUCGCCUCUUUUUGCUUGUUGUACACUUUGGAACAAGUUUCCAAGGUCUGUAUUUUAACUAGUCGUUGUUUGUUAUUUAUGAUAAUCAUGUAUGGGGAAAAUCAGGACAGAUGUGUUGAAAUCCUUUGUAAUUACAUUGUAUGUAUCUACUGAUUUUCCCCUGUUUGAACUGGUCAGUACUAUAUUUAUUUGUGAAAUUAUCUAUAUGGGGAAAUCAGAAAUGAUGGGUUGAUAUAUUGUGCAAGAUUAUGACAGUGUUCGUGGAUCGUUGAUUUCCCCCCUUCUUUGUAUGAACCUUCAUCUUCGUCAUUUGUUGUCUAAAAUAAAUGACAUUUCAUUCUCAUACAGUUUUACAGUGUUGAUUUUUAAAGCAAAAACAAGCUUCCGUGAGCUGUCCUCUUGAAAAGGAAAUAGUAUGAUACAUACAAUAUCUAUUAUGUAUAUAAUAACAUGUAUGGCGAAACUUUUUCCUUAUAUUAUUUAUAUUAGUUAGUACCCGUAUUGUACCUCUGAACAUUAAACCCCGUAGGGAACCCCUAUUCAACAUUAGCACAGUUUGUAUCUGAACCCAUGAAAACUUCUGUAUAGAUCACGUGUCUACUUCUGUUAGAAAGUUUUGACUGUUUGGACUUGUAGAAAGCGUGUUGAAAUUUGAGAAAUCCAGUAACCCACCACCUCCCCAUCUUAAGUCCCACCUAUAUAUAAAAAUGUAGAUUAAUUAUUCGUCAUCUUAUUGUGGCCCUUUUUGUUCGCCAUCUUUUUGACUGUUGUACACUUUGGAACAAGUUUCCAAGGUCUGUGUUUUAACUAGUCAUUCUUUGUUAUUUGUGAUAAUCAUGCAUGGGGAAAAUCAGGACAGAUGUGUUGAAAUCCUAUGUAAUUACAUUGUAUGUAUCUAUUGAUUUUCCCCUGUUUGAACUGGUCAGUACCAUGUUUAUUUGUGAAAUUAUCUAUAUGGGGGAAAUCAGAAAUGAUGGGUUGAUAUAUUGUGCAAGAUUAUGACAGUGCUCGUGGAUCGCUGAUUUCCCCCCUUCUUUGUAUGAACCUUUAUCUUCGUCAUUUGUUGUCUAAAAUAAUUGACAUAAACUGUAUUUUAACUAGUCAUUGUUUGUUAUUUAUGAUAAUCAUGUUUGGGGAAAAUCAGGACAGAUGUGUUGAAAUCCUUUGUAAUUACAUUGUAUAUUUCUACUCAGUUUCCCCUGUUUGAACUGGUCAGUACCAUAUUUAUUUGUGAAAUUAUCUAUAUGGGGGAAAUCAGAAAUGAUGGGUUGAUAUAUUGUGCAAGAUUAUGACAGUGUUCGUGGAUCGCUGAUUUUCCCCCUUCUUUGUAUGAACCUUUAUCUUCGUCAUUUGUUGUCUAAAAUAAAUGACAUUUCAUUCUCA